AUUAGGCUGUUGGUAAAGAGCAGGAAAAGGGAAAAGUUUCUACCAUUAGAGGGAGAUCUCCGAGCGCGCACGGGAGCUCUUUUCCUUCUCGCCUCCUCCUCCUCGCCCUCCUCCUCCUCCUCCUCGCCCUCCUCCUCCUCCUCGCCCUCCUCCUCCUCCUCCUCCGGCGCUCACCGCCCGCAGCCGGCACUUUGCGCUUACCCAGAGAGUAGCUCCACUUGGGUGCGAGGCGGAGAGGGGGCAAAUCCAUUCACGCCGAUCCAUGAAAAUGCUUUGGAAACUGACGGAUAAUAUCAAGUACGAGGACUGCGAGGACCGUCACGACGGCACCAGCAACGGGACGGCACGGUUGCCCCAGCUGGGCACUGUAGGUCAAUCUCCCUACACGAGCGCCCCGCCGCUGUCCCACACCCCCAAUGCCGACUUCCAGCCCCCCUACUUCCCCCCGCCCUACCAGCCUAUCUACCCCCAGUCGCAAGACCCUUACUCCCACGUCAACGACCCCUACAGCCUGAACCCACUGCACGCCCAGCCGCAGCCGCAGCACCCGGGCUGGCCCGGCCAGAGGCAGAGCCAGGAGUCUGGGCUCCUGCACGCGCACCGGGGGCUGCCCCACCAGCUGUCGGGCCUGGAUCCCCGCAGGGACUACCGGCGGCACGAAGACCUCCUGCACGGCCCCCAUGGGCUCGGCUCAGGACUCGGAGACCUCCCGAUCCACUCCUUACCUCACGCCAUCGAGGACGUUCCGCAUGUAGAAGACCCGGGUAUUAACAUCCCAGAUCAAACUGUAAUUAAGAAAGGCCCCGUGUCCCUGUCCAAGUCCAACAGCAACGCCGUCUCCGCCAUCCCCAUCAACAAGGACAACCUCUUCGGCGGCGUCGUGAACCCCAACGAAGUCUUUUGUUCAGUUCCGGGUCGUCUCUCGCUCCUCAGCUCCACCUCGAAGUACAAGGUCACGGUGGCGGAAGUACAGCGGCGCCUCUCACCGCCGGAGUGUCUCAACGCUUCGCUGCUGGGCGGAGUGCUGCGGAGGGCGAAGUCUAAAAAUGGAGGAAGAUCUUUAAGAGAAAAACUGGACAAAAUAGGAUUAAAUCUGCCAGCAGGGAGGCGUAAAGCUGCCAAUGUCACCCUGCUCACAUCACUAGUGGAGGGAGAGGCCGUCCACCUCGCCAGGGACUUUGGGUAUGUGUGCGAAACUGAAUUUCCUGCCAAAGCAGUAGCUGAAUUUCUCAACCGACAACAUUCCGAUCCCAAUGAGCAAGUGACAAGAAAAAACAUGCUCCUGGCUACAAAACAGAUAUGCAAGGAGUUCACCGACCUGCUGGCUCAGGACCGAUCUCCCCUGGGGAACUCGAGGCCCAACCCCAUCCUGGAGCCCGGCAUCCAGAGCUGCUUGACCCACUUCAACCUCAUCUCCCACGGCUUCGGCAGCCCGGCGGUGUGCGCCGCGGUCACGGCCCUGCAGAACUAUCUCACCGAGGCCCUCAAGGCCAUGGACAAAAUGUACCUCAGCAACAACCCGAACAGCCACACGGACAGCAGCGCCAAAAGCAGUGACAAAGAGGAGAAACACAGAAAGUGAGGCGCUCCUCCUGCCCCGCCCCCUGCCCGCGCCGCCUCCCCGGCCCCAGCGCGCCCACCCACUCCAUCUCCAUCUCCAUCAUCUCCAUCUGCAUCAUCUCCAUCAUCUCCAUCUGCAUCAUCUCCAUCUCCAUCUGCAUCAUCUUCAUCUCCAUUUCCAUCUGCAUCAUCUCCAUCUCCAUCUCCAUCUCCAUCACCCCCCACCGAUCACCACCGGCAGGUGACAGCUCCGGGAUCAGCAACCCCCCACUGCUGCUACUGCUGCUGCUGCUGCCGCCGCUGCCGCCACCGCCUUCGGUCCGGAGUCUCGGGGUCCCGGGGACGGCGCUCCACUGUGAGCGGGGCGACCCCGCAGUCUCAGGCCCCGGCCCCGACUUCCUCCAUCAGCACCAACUCCCCUUUGCCCUCGUGUGGAGCCUAAGAGAACAGAACAGGCCGUGAAGCCAGCAAAGAAAAGUUCUGUCGGAGUUUGUGAACCUUUUUUUUUUUUAAAACUAACAAAUCAACAACGACAACAAAAAAAAUUUAAAACUUUUUUUUUUAGAAAAAAGAACGUAAAAAUUAAAAAAAAAUUAUAUGAGCUUCAUGGGACGGAAUCACCACCUUCUCUUACAUACUUCAGAUUGUAGCCAUACUAAAAAAAAAGAAAAAGAAAAAACAAGGCAAAAAAGGCUAAUGACAUUUUUAUCAGUAUUGUGAAUAAACUUGAACACAGAUACUCGAAGUUCCAUGUCUUGUCUUCAGUUCUAGAAGUUUUCCCUCUUCAAGGUAAAGCGACCAACUUGAACUCUCUCUGGCAACACGAUUCACAGUUCUAUAAGGGAAUCAGUGUUCACGUCUCUGUAUAUAUUUAUUUAUGUGUAAUUUAAUGGGAAUUGUAAAUAUGGUGAGUCUGUUUUAAGCCUUUUUUUUUUUUUUUUUAAUUUAUCUGGUGAUCUCGUUUACCUCUUGUUUAGUGGGUUUUGAAUCUUCCCUAUUAGUUCUUCAUGUGGUUCAUGGUACUUAUUUAGGAAUCCAAGGUUUGGGGGAUUUUUUUUCCUCUGGUAUUCAUGAAUUUAGCCCUGUUGUAGCAUGUUAAAAAUGACAAUGAAACAGCUGAACAAAUAAAAAAAGUAAAAUAAAAUUUUAUAAAUAAUUAGUAUUACAUUUAGCUUUUCAUUGAACUGAAAGAAAAAAGUGCUAUUGGACCCUGGAAAGAUUUUUAACUUGAGUGGUUUGAUAACCGUUCUAUGUAUUGUGGGGAGAAAAAAAAAAGUUUAUUUUAUUCCACUGUCCUCCCUUAAAAGCAUCAUUUGAGCAAUAAAUGAGUAUUGUCUUUAAACCAAGGGUUAGGGAUUUCCCCCCCUCCUCUUUUUGUUCAAAGAACUUCAAACAUUUGGGACCACCUGGUAUUCUGUAUUUUCACUGGCCAUUUUGGAAGCAGUUCUAGCUGUAUUGUACUGAGUUGUGCUGGCAGUAGUUUCCAUGCCUGUCAAUGUAUCAUAGUCCUUUGUUGCCCAGAUAAAUAAAUAUUUGAUACGCUUUA